CCUCUACCAAGCUUGCCACUCCCGAAGCACCCAAGUGCUAGAUCUCACAGCGUCCAGAAUGGACGACUUCACCGUGCAAGCGAUCGCGCUUGCGUUCAGCUACACCAUCGCCAUCGCCCUGCGCGCUGCUGGUCUCGUGGACAACGUCCUAGAGACCACCACAGCUGCUUACUGCGUUACGCUCCCGCCUACAUCCCUCACCUUGCGCGAUACCCCAGUCAUCUCCGCCCUCCUGGAAGGUGCCAGUUUGGACCCCACCCGCACCCCGACCGCUCCUCCCAUCGCCCUCAACUUCAAGUCUAUACCGGUGCCCGACCGCCUUGACAUCAGGAUCAGUCCCCUCGCCCGUCGCCUUCUCAUCAACGAGGACGAGCUCGAGCGGGCCCUGCCCGCCAAACAGCGGAAUGAUCAUGCGGCGCGGAUCGCCGAUGAGGUCGCCACUGCAUGGUCCUCCUACGAGGAGCGCCUGAUCAGCCGCCCGUCCGCCACAAAGGACGCACCAUGGCUUCAAGCCUCUCCCAACGGCCUCACCUCUUACAUCCUCGCCCUCAUCGUCCUUAUCAUGACCGUUGUCGUGAUAUACGUCCGGCUCUUCCGCCACAAACCCACGCGCCGAUUCCCUGCCGCGCAAGCGGAAGUUGAAUCCGGGGCCCCGCCGGCACCGCCGCCAUCCACCGUCGACGACGAGGUGGACGCCGCGCAGCAAGAGAUUGACAAUCUUCUGGCCAGCGUUCCCGGGCCCGCUUCUUACGAGGAACGCAUCCCCCACGUCGAGAUCUUGCCUGCACCUGCCGUAGCAGUACCCGCCGCACCUGCACCCGUUACUCCAGCUCCGGCUCCAGCUCCUACCGCACCAGCACCCAUUGCGCCAGCACCCGCCGCACCCGCGCCUACCGUACAAGCGCCCGUCGUACAAGCACCGAUCGCACCAGCACCCGCAGUUCCAGCGCCUAUCCCUGCCGCCGCCGCCGCCGCUGUACCUGCCCCCGUCGUCGUACCCAGCGUUCCUCACCUCGCCUCGCAAAACCCGGCCGUCCAAUCAGACGAAGACGACGAUGACUCGGAGGAUGAUGGCGACGCCUCUCACAACUCCCCUCAUAACGUCGAUGCAUUGGACACGUCGCCUACCAGUCGUUCCAGCGACUCGGAAGCUUCAAACGACCUCGCCGAUGAUCCCCUACCCUUCGCCCACGAUGAUUGCCUCUUCGCCACCGAUGCGAAUGAGCCGACGCUUUCUGACAGUGUCCCCAUCGAUGUUACCAACCCCGUCCCCCGUUCCGCCUCCUCGGUCUCGAUCCACGAUGACACCAUCAUAGUGAACCUGCCUGGUCGGCCUGCCGAGAUGCCCCAGCCCCUCCCAUCCAUUCAUCCUACUACUUCCUUCCCUGAAGCCAAUGUCCUCCCACUGAAUUCAGCUCGUCCUGAAGCCGACGUCGCCUUCCAGCCUGAGAGCACGGACGCCAGCUUCUUCGACAUCGCCGACGAAUCCUCCACACCCGUCGUGAGCCUGCCCCGCGCUCAUCGCGGGGACGAGGUCAACGUCGGCUUGUCUCCGGCUCUGCCGUGCGUCACCGCAUCCAACAACGCCGCGUUGCAGCCUUCGAGCGUCGGCGACAGCUCCUUUAGCUUCCUCGACGAGACCUCCCCAUCCGCAUCCUUCGUGAACCUGCCUCGCGCCAUCCAAGCGAAUGAGAAUGAUGUCGGCUCCUCUUCGAGACCACAGGACUUUACCGAGCCGUCCGACGACAACACUGGUUCAACUAGUGACGAGGAGUCCGAAGCCGAGAACAUAGACGAGUUUGAGAUGGUCGCCCGCCUUCAGGGCAUGUUCUCGCUUCGCUCAAGCAAUGUAUCGAGUCUUAACAGACGAGAUGCUCGAACUCCCGCCAUCGUUAUAGUGAACCCGACGCAGUCUCAGGCUACAGACAGCACACCAUCCUCCCCACAGCUACAGACGCCGCCGGAUGUUCCCGUGGCCGGGCCAGCUUCAUUUGCUGCUACCAAUGAAAUGUUGGCGCAGAUGCUUGACAAUCUGCGAAGCAAGCCUGCUCCCUCAUUGACCACGCCAUCCAUCGAACGCUCGCCUUCACCUGCAGAGGAGGCCGCGCCGUCUGCUGGGCCGCCCUCCGUCGGAAAUUUUAGCCACCUCGACUUCCUCACGUCGCGUCUCGUGCAGUCCGCUGCGUCCACGGCGACGCAGUCCUAUGACGGGGUCAAUCUCCUGCCCAUUCUAUUUCCGGACCCCCUCCCAGCCGAAGAUGCAGUGGCGCUUGACGUUCGAGGUCAGGAACAAGACGCAGGCCCGACCGCGGAGGAUGAUCAGCAGCCCAUUCAAGCUCUGGACGAGACCGAGCCCCGCGAGUCUGGUGCAGAGGAGGAAGACGUGGUCAACGUCCAUGUCCCGGAUGAAGAACCCUCCAAGGCAUCCGUCGAGCCGUCAUCCUCCAUUUCCGAGUCUUCAUCGCCGCUCGACGAGGGCACUGCACCCCUUACGCUUCCCGCCAUCCCCCGCGAUACCCGCCAGGCGCAUGAGGUAUCACAAGGCGCGCCUCAAUACGGCGAGACACUGUACAUCGCCAUACCCCGACCGUCUAUCGCUCGCGUUCCGCCUCAUCAGGCGCGUCCUCAAGCGCCGAUCAUUCGCCCUACGCCUCAGCAGGAGCGGCCCCCGGCGUCGGCCAUUCGUAUCGCGCCUCCUGCGCCUCUAGAGUGCCCCCGGUACAGGUGUACCUCGCCCUCUGCCGCCGAGGUACCGAACGACGAGCUCUCGGCAGUCAACUUCGUCUGGGCUCAAGCGCCUCCAUACGGCAUCAUGCGGGGUAGCCGGCUGGACGGAUUGGAAGAGAUCUCGCAGGCAGUGGACAUGGCUAUCGCGCGUGUAGAGGCAAGCGCAUCGGUUGUAGAUGCACCCGCAGAGGCGGUGGCCACCCACCCACGCAUCGACGACCUUCAAGAGUGCGAAGUUACACCAAGCAAGGUGGAGAUGCCCGUGCACUCGGCCGAAUUGCUACUUCAGGCGACGCCAGUCGUUACAGAGGCGCGCGACGACACUCCCGAGCUGCCCCUUCCCAACGCGACGACGAACGAGGACAUCUGCACUGAGACGCCUUCACCCGCCGAGCAUGUUGUCGCAGAGCCCGUCCCCAACUUCUCCGAGACGUCAGCCCCACCUGCGCCCACCAUCACAACCAUGCCCGCCCAUGGGCGUCGCAAGACGCGUGCCAAAGGUGUGAAGAUUGUCCUUCAGAGCAACGGCCCGCGCAACCUCGGGCGCUAGCCGGGCAUCAACAUCUCUCGGGCAUCUCUCCACCGGCAACGGCCUAUACGAACAACAAGUUCACGCUUCGACACGACUCUCGGGGACGUCUCGUCUAGCUCAGCCCUUAAGUGAGGCACUCGGCUGUCAUGGUCAUGACAUCGCGCGCGAGCGCGAAUCGUCAAUUCUGCGAAGCAGCCUUCCGUCAUCCUCCCGGAUCAGAUCCUGCGAUGGCCUUCAGGACCGCGCCAGAUUCGUCGCAGGCGCUCUGGGCUCCGCAGGUCGUGCACUGUGCAUCGACGUGGCGCCAGGACUGCAGUGAUUCCUCCCCGGUUUUAUCUCGCGCAGACCAUCUCCAGCUUGAGUUUAUACUGUACCCCCGCACCAUUAGUAUUAUACUUGUCG